AUGAGGUUGCUGAUCUUUUUUGUUGUGUUGUUAGCACGACAUGUCGAUGCAUCGCCCACGAUGUGUCAUUGCCCGAACGGACAACUUGGGAUGACCUGUCCACAACCGAUCCAAUUGAACUGCCCAGCAAUGACAUGCCCACCGCCACCACCAUGCAAUCCAUUCCCUACUCUACCAACACUUCCUCCACAUGGUGGAGUUCAGGGUAUCCAACAAUUCACUCUGCCCACAUUGGCACCAUUCCCAGGUGGCGCGUUCGGUCAAACAACACCACUUCCACUACCGGUAGCACCACCAACUAACGGACAAGAAUCGUUGCUGCCAAUCCAGAACAAUCAGCAAUUCAACAAUCAGCAACAGCAACAGCAACAAUAUCAACAACCACCACCUCUUCCACCUCAACCGCCACCACCCCCACCACCCCCACCACCUCCACCACCACUGGCUCCUCCACCACCACCACCACAAGCUCCUCCUCCACCGCCACCAAUUCCACCACAAGUGAAUGUUCAACCAUCCAACCAUUACGCGGAACCAAUUCCAGUGGAUGCAACGACCAGAGCUACCACACUUCCGAGUGAGAGCUAUGUGGAGGCCGAUCAACCAGAAAGUCUUCAAAUCGACGAAUCUAACGAUAAGUUCCAAUUCUACGAAAAUCAACCAAAUAGUGAGAAUUUUCUAUAUUAA